AUGGCGUUAAGGGCGUUUUCGAGAUAUGUGCGGUUCUGCACCUAUACCAUUCUUUUCGCAAAUCUCACCAAUGCUGUUUCACUUGACGUUACAGAUGCAGAUUCGGUACGAAACGCCUCCAAAACCAUCGCCAAUGGCUUGAUGGCAUGGUAUAAAGGCAACGAUACGGGUGGGACCCCAGGUAUAUUACCAGGCCCUUACUACUGGUGGGAAGCUGGAGGCAUGUUUGGCCAUAUGAUCAACUACUGGUACUACACUGGAGAUACCUAUUACAACGACAUCGUCUCCGAGGCCAUACUAUUCCAAGUCGGUACAGGUAACGACUUCCUCCCAGCAAAUCAGACAAAAGACGAAGGCAAUGAUGAUCAGGUGUUCUGGGCGUUCACAGCCAUGGACGCUGCCGAGCUCAACUUUCCUGAAUCGACGAGCGCAGAUGCGCCUUCUUGGCUUUCUUUGGCUCAAGCAGUCUUCAACGAGAUGGCUGCGCGUUGGGAUACCGGUACCUGUGGAGGUGGCUUGCGAUGGCAAAUCUACACGUUCAACGCAGGCUACGAUUACAAAAACUCGAUUUCGAAUCUUGGUCUUUUCCAGUUGGCCGCACGUCUUGCCAGGUAUACCGAUAACUCGACCUACGUGAGUUGGGCCGAGAAGACCUGGGACUGGUACUCGCAAGCUUCGCUCUGGGACGCAGAAACCUAUGAGAUUUUCGAUGGUACAACAACAGACAGUAAUUGUACAUCUGUGGAUCACUUCCAAUGGACGUACAAUUAUGCAGCGGCAAUAAGUGGCGCUGCAUAUAUGUACAAUCACACAUCUGAUGCAAGCUGGCUGGACAUUGUCGAAGGUUUAGUGAACACCACAUUCACGACCUUCUUUCCAACCUCUAUGGGCGACAAGAUCAUGGUCGAGAUAACUUGUCAACCGCUCGGAAACUGCGACACUGAUCAAUUGUCCUUCAAGUCAUAUCUGGCUCGUUCGCUGGCAGUCACCACUCAGCUCAUUCCCUCUUUGAAGGACACGAUAUACCCAUAUCUCCAAGCUUCGGCACAAGGAGCAGCUGGCCAAUGCGAUGGCGGUGACACCGGAUAUAUUUGCGGACAGGAAUGGAACACGACAGUGUGGGACGGAACGUACGGAGUUGGUCAAGAAAUGUCUGCGUUGGCCGUCAUCCAAUCGUUGAUGCUCGAUGUCAACCAAGAGGCGGAAUACAGUCCUCCAUUGACGAGCUCUACGGGUGGUAAUAGUACAAGCGAUCCUAGUGCCGGAACAGGCAGUACUGGUGCGAAAUUUGAGCCGACGAUUGCUACGAGGACGAUCACUACUGGUGAUAGAGCAGGGGCCGCGAUAUUGACUGUUGCGAUUGUGGUGUUCCUUGUUGGAGGGUCAAUGUGGUUGGUCUUGUUUGAUUAA